GUGGCAUAUUGUCCCCUCUUUCUCUCUCCUCUUUAUGCUUUCUGUUGAAGCAAGCAGGCAGAGAUCCCUCUCUAUCUCUCUCUCUCUCUCAAGCCGUGUAUCUUUCUCUGCAAAACAGAGCUCCUCUGUUUUUUACUCUGUCUCAUAAGUUCAUUCUGAGUUAAGACUAGGCUCUGUUCCAACGCAUAUAUCCGUUGGAUUUUCGACUUUCUAGGAUCACCCAGAUCCGAAAUUCUCUCGCUCUUGUUUUUCCCUUCUCUCUAUCUCUUUGUUUUUCUCUCUCUAGAAUCUCUAUCUUUUUUGUCUGUGAUAACUUACAUUCCGUAUCCAAAAAGGCAAGAAAUCAAAGCAUUAUUCGAAAAAAUCUGAAAUCCAUUGUGUUUAGCACAUUUUCUGGUUAGUCUGUCUUGCUUGGCUUUACUUGGCCUUAAACGAGUUGAUAGCACUAAAUGCAUGUUACAUUUGGUUAUUCAAAGUUCUGUAUUUUUCUUCUGUGAAUGUUUUUGGAUUCACAGGUCUCACUGUGGCUCCCCCUGUUUGGGGGGCUUUUUGUGAUUUGGGUUCUUGUGGAUUUUUGAAUCAGGCUUUUGGGUAUUCUUAAUUUACGUCAAAGAUAUUAACUUUAUCGAUUAUUUCCCUCAUUGGGUUGUAUUUGAUUUAGUUUUCUUGAUUUGGAGAUCUGGGUUGUUGUACAUUUUCAGCAUAGGCUUUUUGGCUCUCUCUCAUUACCAUUGAUGUUGGUUUUGUUUGAUUUGAGGAUCUAGGCUAUUUCUAUUUAGCGUUGGUUAUAGGAAUAUUGAGUUGCGCCCCUAUCGAUAUUGGGCUAGUUAGGAGAGAAAUAUAUCAAUUGGAGAAGUGUGUAGUGAAAUAGUAUAUAUUGGAGCAUUCUGUGUAAAUAGAGGGAAGUUGGUUGGAUUUGAGGCUCAGUACCACUAGAAUUGCAUCAAGAAAAGUUACAUUUGUUGUUGGGAAUUACUAUAUUCGAGGACUAGGAUAGCUUUCUGAUUAGGAACAUUAGGGGACUGUGAAGUGGAAAAAUGGGGUGCAUUUGCUCAAAAGGGUUUUUUCCUCAUGAAUAUAUAGCUGAGAAUCAUGUGAGAGAGAAAAUAUUGAAAACAAAAAAAGCUACAAAGCGGUUAGGACCGACCAUGAGUAGAGACGAAGCUGUGGUGGAGGUUGAUAGUAUUGGAAGUGAUUUCACUACACGGUUGAUAACCAAUCCGUCCGGAGAAAUUCCGGGUUCUACUCCCGUUUUAUGGAAUGAAGGGGAGAAGAAGGUGGUGGUUAAGGAGAAACUGGGGAGACAACAACUUCAAAGGCGGUUGACAAUGGAUUUUGGGGUGAGUGGAGCACAAUUACAGCCUAGGUUAUCUAGGAUAGGUAGUUUGCCCCAUGGGGAAAGAGGAGCACAAGUUAUUGCUGGAUGGCCUUCCUGGUUGACUGCAGUUGCAGGAGAAGCUAUUAACGGGUGGGUGCCUCGAAAGGCCGACUCAUUUGAGAAGUUGGACAAGAUUGGACAAGGAACUUACAGCAGUGUGUACAGGGCUCGUGAUCUUGAAACAAACAGAUUAGUUGCAUUGAAAAAGGUGCGGUUUGCUAAUAUGGAUCCGGAAAGUGUACGUUUUAUGGCAAGAGAAAUUAUUAUAUUGCGUAGGCUUGAUCACCCAAAUGUGAUGAAGCUUGAAGGUCUGAUUACUUCGAGGGUGUCUGGAAGCUUAUACCUUAUAUUUGAAUAUAUGGAGCAUGAUCUUGCAGGACUUGCAGCAACAACUGAGAUCAAAUUCACUGAAGCGCAGAUCAAAUGCUUUAUGCAACAACUACUUUGUGGACUUGACCAUUGUCAUAGUCAUGGUAUUUUGCAUCGUGAUAUCAAGGGAUCAAAUCUUCUGAUUGACCAAAAUGGAAAUCUAAAGAUCGGUGAUUUUGGAUUAGCAACAUUUUUUAUUCAGAAGCAGCCUCUAACAAGUCGGGUGGUAACUUUAUGGUACCGACCGCCUGAGCUUUUGCUUGGCGCUACAAACUAUGGAGUUUCUGUGGAUUUGUGGAGUACUGGUUGCAUUCUUGCAGAAUUAUUUGCUGGGAAGCCUAUCAUGCCAGGGAGAACAGAGGUUGAGCAACUACAUAAGAUCUUCAAACUCUGUGGGUCACCUUCUGAAGAGUACUGGAAGAAAUCAAAACUGCCACAUGCGACCAUCUUCAAGCCUCAACAUCCUUACAAGCGUAUUGUUGCUGAGACAUUCAAGGACUUCCCUACGUCAGCAUUGGCCCUCUUGGAGGUCCUUCUUGCAAUAGAACCCGAGGGCCGUGGAACAGCAUCUUCUGCACUGCAGAGUGAGUUCUUCACAACAAGGCCUCUUCCCUGUGAUCCUUCAACUUUGCCCAAGUAUGCACCAAGUAAGGAGUUUGAUGUCAGGCUUCGAGACGAGGAAGCUAGAAGGCGAAAAGCAGAUGGUGGUGUAGGGCGUGAACAUGAAUCAACUAGAAGUGGUUUAAGAGAAUCCAAAGCCAUGCCUGCACCAGAUGCCAAUGCUGAGUUACAGGCAUCCAUACAGAAGAGACUAGUGCUGCCUAACCCUAAAAGUGCCAGCGAGAAGUAUAAUACAGAAGAGGAUGGUGGCUCUGGCUUUCCUAUUGAACCUCCCAAAAGAACAGCACUAAAUGUCUCCCAUUCUGGCCAGUCAAUGCACCCAGCUGCGUUCAGAUCUUCACACAAUAUGAAUGAGAAUGACCAGGAGGCUACUACAGUUCCCGGCCAAGCUCUUGGUUGUUCAAAUGGUGCAGAAUUGAGAAGUCAGAGAUCUUGUACACGUGGUGAAGAAGCAAGUCAAGGUGAUUCACUGUUAAAUAGAGGUGGAGAAACUACUGUGGAUUCACACUGGCCGGAUGAAGAUUUUAAUGUUAGCUAUAAACAUCUGGAUGAUAGUGAGGUCUCUGAAAAGAGUCAGUGGUCCCACCAUUUGCUGGAUAGGCCAACAAAGUCUUUGUGUAAGAAAGAUCAACGCUCAUCUGGAAAGCUGUCCGGAAUGGGUUAUAAUGCCAAAAAGAAUAGGAUCCAAUACUCUGGACCAUUGAUGCCUCUAGGAGGAAACCUUGAUGAGAUGCUCAAGGAGCAUGAGAGACAAAUCCAACAUGCUGUCCGCAAGGCUCGUUUGGACAAGACAAAGAGCAAGAAAACCUCUAGUGAAAAUGGACAAACUGAAUCACUACUUUAUGCUGGAAGCAAUGGCAAGUGACUGUUGAAAUUUAUGCUGCCUUAAUUUGGAUGCAGAAGCUCCCACAGAGUUGCAUAAUUCUCAUUUAGGAAGAAGUAUUCCUUUUGGGAAUUUGACAAGUCUCAAUACGUGGAGAUAAAUCAGCAUUCGUGGAGCUUCUUUGGUUUCAUCGCUAUCAAAGGUACGGUAUAAAGUUCUAACUACCAAAGUUCUUUAUAUGAUUCAAAAGGUGGAUAACACUGAAGUGAAUGGAAUCCAUGACCAUUGACUGAUAAUAUGUUUGGUAUGAAGGCUUCUGAGAUUGACACACCUGCUAAUUAUUUCAUUACAAGACCGUGAGAAGGUCUUUUUGGCGUUCAAUUGCUGGAGAUAUGCUUUGUACAGCUGAAUUACUUUAACCUCAUUCUAUGUAAAGGCCAAGUUUUUGUCUCGGAUUUGAUGAUUUUUAUCAGCACUGGCCACCAUUCAUUCAAAAUUACUGUAGGAUAGAAUUUCUUGCUCCAAAUCCAUCAAAUAUUAUCUCUUCUUCUUCUUCUUC